AUGCCAGCUUUGCAAAGAACCAACUCCGGCAUAGACAUCGGGUUUACUCUUCGGAGACAAUUCAACAGAAGUGAGUUUAGGCCUCAUCAGCGUGAGAUCAUCGAGGCUGCUUUAAACGGCCAUGAUGUAUAUGUGCAAGCUGCUACUUCUUUCGGAAAGAGCUUGUGUUUCCAGCUGCCUGCUGUGAUUGAUCAGGGCAUCACCCUGGUGGUCUCUCCUCUUCUCAGUCUCAUGAUCAACCAAGUCGAAGCGCUUCGGGGACUAGGCAUUGAUGCGAGCUCCCUCAACAGCAACACACCGUAUUCCGAACGAGAUCGCAUUCAGCGAGACUUGGAAACCGGGCAUCCAAGAACUCGACUGUUAUAUGUUACCCCAGAGCUAUGCUCGGGCUCCAGGUUUCGCCAGCGGCUCCAGCUAGUGCAUACACAAAAGGAGUUGGCCAGGAUAGCCAUCGACGAAGCACAUUGUAUAUCAGAGUGGGGACAUGACUUUCGUAAGGAUUUCAAACGCCUCUCUUGGUUUCGGGAGACAUUUCAAGAUGUUCCCAUCAUGUGCCUCACAGCCACGGCAAAUCCUCAAGUCAGGCACGAUGUUCUCAGCACGUUGAAGCUCGACCAGACUCCAGAAAGACUGAAAUGCUUUCUCAUGAGCCCGCAACGUCAAAACCUGCAUAUUGAGAUUCGCUAUACCAAAGAUGAAGAUGAUACCCGACUUUCAGAUUUUCUGAAAUGGAUACGAGCGGUUUAUGACAGAAGGCGUGCCGAAUCCCGAAAACAAGAAUUAUUCCUAGAAGGCGAAAGGGUUGAAAACGUUCCUGGCAUCAUAUACACCAUGUCACGGGAUGAAUGCGAAUCAUUAUCGGCCGCCUUACGGGACGAGGGAAUAGGGGCACGACCCUUUCAUGCGAGACUAUCCAAGGAUGCGAAAGAAACCACGUUGAAUCGAUGGAUCAACAACGAACCAGGCUAUGACAUCAUCGUGGCAACAACCGCGUUUGGCAUGGGCAUCGACAAGAACAAUGUGCGGUUUGUCGUCCACUGGCGCAUACCAAAGUCAUUUGAGGGAUACUACCAAGAAGCAGGGCGGGCAGGACGCGAUGGCAACGCUAGCUACUGUUUUUUGUACUAUAGCCGGGAAGACCUGGAACGGGUCAUGCGAAUGGUUCGGAAUGAUUGCAAAGAAGGGUCAAACUCGAAAGCCCGGUUGCGCAGCCUGCAAGCUCUGGCGAUGUAUUGCGAGAAUACCGACGCAUGCCGACAUGCAGGAAUAUGUAAAUACUUUGGAGAGACUUCUAUCCCGGAAUGCGACUUUGCUUGCGAUUGGCAUAAGGAUGCCCACGGUUUGGAAACCCGGUUUCUCAAGGGCCUGGCCAGUCAAGACUGGGUAAGCACGCAGGCGAUGCAAGGCACUUAUGACGACUACGAUCACGAGGACUGCUGA